AUGGGUGUUCCGAAGUUUUUCAGAUGGAUGUCCGAGCGAUACCCCGCAAUAUCGCAGUUGAUUGCAGAAAACCGCAUCCCUGAGUUCGAUUGCCUAUACCUCGAUAUGAAUGGCAUUAUCCACAACUGCACCCACAAGGAUUCGGACUCGCCAACCUUUCGCAUGACAGAAGAUAAGAUGUUCAUCGCUAUUUUUAACUAUAUAGAACAUCUAUACGGGAAGAUCAAGCCGAAAAAAUUGUUUUUCAUGGCUAUUGACGGAGUCGCACCGCGCGCGAAAAUGAACCAACAACGAGCGAGACGAUUCCGAACAGCGUUGGAUGCGGAAGUGGCCAAGGAAAAGGCUAUCAAACAGGGGGUUGAAAUGCCAAAGGAGGAGGCCUUUGAUAGCAACUGCAUAACACCGGGAACCGAAUUCAUGGCCAAGCUGACACAGCAGCUGAAGUAUUUCAUCAAUAAGAAAGUCUCGGAGGAUGUGGAAUGGCAGGGCGUGGAAAUCGUUCUGUCCGGGCAUGAGGUCCCUGGCGAAGGAGAGCAUAAGAUCAUGGAAUAUAUUCGGCAGUCGAAAGCACAACCAGGAUACCAUCCAGAUGUACGGCAUUGUCUAUACGGCUUGGAUGCGGAUUUGAUCAUGUUGGGUCUACUAAGUCACGAUCCUCAUUUCUGUUUACUCCGUGAAGAAGUAACGUUUGGGAGGCAAAGUCAGAAAAAGUCCAAGGAGCUAGAACACCAGAAUUUCUAUCUUAUGCAUCUUUGUAUGGUAAGGGAAUACUUAGAGCUGGAGUUUCAGGAGUUGGAAGAGGCCGACGCUUUGCAAUUUCCUUUUGAUUUGGAACGAGUUAUCGACGAUUUCAUUCUUAUGGCGUUUUUCGUGGGAAAUGACUUCUUACCAAACCUGCCGAAUUUACACAUCAAUGAGGGGGCGCUGGCUUGGAUGUUCAAGAUUUACAAACAAGUUUUACCGAAACUGGGAGGAUACAUAAAUGAACAGGGAACAAUCAAUUUAGAGCGGCUAGGAGUUCUCUUAGAUUCGUUAUCCGAUGUCGAAUUCCGUUUCUUUGAAGCGGAAUAUUCGGAUGCCCGUUGGAUUAAAUCCAAAAUGAAAGGCCAAGAGCCGGAGAACUCAGAGUCACCAGCAAAUGCGAAGGAUUUUACGAUUUCACCCGCACAGAAGCACAUUUUCAACCGAAUCAAAAAAUAUGUCACACAUCGCCCGGUGAAUGAUGAAGGGCAACCAAUUCCUCUCGACCUCUCCUCUAGUUUACCAGCGAGGGAUCGCAAAUUCGUGGAGCAGUUAGCAGACGAUCUGCACCUUGCGUGGACUACCAUGUCCAACGAGCAUGGUGAUCGAUUUUUGCGGGUACAACUGCCGUCGAAGGAGACUCAAUCUAGCGGGAGCUCUGGCGACGAAGAUGAUGGUGACGAUGAAGAAGGUCAAAUUGCCCUUCUUCGCGUUAUGAAGAGAUACGAAAACGCCAAGGUGAAGGAAACGACGGCAGAGGAAGCUCAGCAAGCAGCUGAAAAAAAAUACGAGCUCAAGUUCCAGGAGUGGAAGAACGACUACUACAAGUCCAAAUUCGGGUGGGGCUUGGAUAAUCAUGAAGAAAUGCGAAAGUUGACCGAAAAUUAUGUGCAAGGCCUUCAGUGGGUUCUCUAUUAUUAUUAUCGCGGAGUUGCCUCCUGGCCUUGGUUCUAUCAAUAUCACUAUUCGCCGAUGAUUUCUGAUGUCAAAUUUGGCUUGAAAGCUGAUAUGAAUUUCGACCUUGGGCAACCUUUCCGCCCUUUCGAACAGUUAAUGGGUGUUCUACCGGACCGAAGCAAGCAAAUUGUCCCUGCGGCCUUCCAUGAAUUGAUGACUUCUCCAGAAUCCCCGAUCAUCGACUUUUAUCCUCGCGACUUCGAACUUGACAUGAAUGGUAAAAAGAUGGAGUGGGAAGCCGUUGUCAAGAUUCCGUUUAUUGAUGAAAAACGCCUGCUUGGCGCGAUGGCCACGAAGCAACACUUGCUGACCCCAGCAGAGAGAGCAAGAAAUGAAUUUGGUGUUACGUUGAAAUUCACUUAUUCCCCAGAUAUCGAAUACACAUAUCCCAGUUCACUUGUUGGCGUGUUUCCCGACAUCGCCAAGUGUCACUGCAUAGAAAAUGUGUUUGACCUCCCAACAAUGGAAGGUCUAGAACCUGUUGUUGGCCUUGUAGAAGGCGUUAAACUGGGUCACGAGGCAUUGGCAGGGUUCCCUAGCUUGAAAACAUUGCCACACAAUGGGCAGCUAGGCUUCCACGGAGUAUCCGUGUUUCAACAGGAGAGUCGUAACGAGAGCAUGGUGGUAACGCUCAGCGCGCCAGAAAACCGGUCCAGUGUUGAACUGGCGAAACAAAAACUUGGUCAGCGAGUGCACGUCGGGUACCCAUUCCUUCAGGAGGCCAAAGUGAGUCGCGUGUCUGACGAACUUUUCGAUUACAUGUAUGUCGAUGGAGAGCAGCAUGUUGUUUCUAUUCCGCAUGCUCCCUCCCAAAUAGAUCAGUGGAGACGCAAAACCCACCAAAUUGAGUCAUACUAUAGCAAAAGACUCGGCAUGGUUGUUGGCGAUAUCGAGUCCAUGGUCCACGUGCAGAUGCUGAAGGGAUUAAUGAAGACGGACGAAGGCGCCACGGUCAAGGAGUUCGCUGAUAUCCCUGGUAUUGAAACGGAUUACGCUCUGCAGCUUGUUGUUGACCAGGUUAUGUGCGAGGAUGAUCGGUUUAUCGAACGAGAAGCUUUACCUGUCGAGGAGGAAUUCCCGGAGGGAACAAGGGCCUUUUUCCUGGGUGAAUACAACUAUGGAGCGCCAGUGCAUAUUACUGGGCAUGAGGACGGAAAAUUGAGUGGGCUUGUUUCCGUCGUCAAAGGCAAGGAACCGGAAUUUGGUCGAGAUCUCACAAGAGCUGCCGAAAGGCUCUCUCCCUACAGCCCAUCGUUCGCGAUUGCCCGCAGUCUGAAUCUGAACCCCCUGACGCUGGCCAAAAUCACGUCUUCGUUCACGGUGGUCUUGGACAGCCAACGUAUCAACCUAGGACUCAAUCUGAAAUUUGAGGCGAGGAAGCAGAAAGUGCUUGGGUAUUCUCGACGCGGGCCCAGUGGAUGGGAAUUCAGUGAGAAAGCCAUCGGUCUUAUCCAGCAAUAUAUGAUCAAAUUCCCUGAAUUCAUCGCAGGCAUUCAACGAAAGCCACAAGGAGAUGGCUUCCAGGCUACAGAUUUCUACCCACCAGAAACAGCGGCUGCCAAAAUCAAGGAGAUUCAGGCAUGGCUCAAGUCUAUCGAGGCGAAGCAUUUCGAACGUGUACCGUUGGAAGCUGAACAGCUCAAUUCAGACCUUGUGAAAUCUAUUGAACAGGCCGCGGACGAACUCGUCCGUACUCGACCCGCACCUGAAGCCAAAAAGAUGAAAGGCGUCCCGCGUAAUGCAUUAUUAAAGCCAGCUGAUGCGGAGCAUCGACUAGGCAACCAGUCAUUUUCUCUUGGUGAUAGGGUGGUUUAUGCACAGGAAUCUGGCAAGGUCCCCAUCGCCACAAGAGGGACUAUCGUUGGGCUCACGCGCACAUCCAGAACACUUCUCCUGGACAUUGUGUUUGACGUCUCCUUUAUGAGCGGCACAACUCUGGGGGACAGAUGCUCCCCAUUCCGCGGUUCGACCGUUCCCGCAUCAUGCGUUCUAAACGUGACCAACAGACAACUUGUCGCAACGACCCGCGCGGCGGCUGAACAAGGCAGAUCACAACAACAGCGACAACAACAGCCACUAACCGUUCAGGGCUACGGAGCUCCACUCGGACCAGGCGGAAAGGGCCAGCUGGAACAUGCUCCCACCCCUCCGCCUCUACGAGGCAGUUUCCGUGGCGCUGUUACAGGUCAGUUAGGUGCGUCCAGGGGCAUUGGAACGUUCCGUGGCCGUGGUGGCCACGGCCAGUCGGAGCAAACAUUGCCGAUUCGCAACCACUAUCCAACCAGUGGCUCACCGCAACCGCCUAAAGACAUUCGCGGCCGGGGUGGUCGGGCUAAUUUUGGCAGUAAUCAGAAUGGAUAUAGCCCCCGUGGGCUGCGUGGAGGGCCACGUGGAGGUAUUGGUGCGUCGCCUGCGACUCGCGCUGGCUAUGUUUCGGUUGAGAGGGUGGACCCGCAAGAAGAUGUUGUGCAGCACAACCCGAAUUUCAGACCUCGAUCUUACAAUAACGUUCCUCCGCCAUCGUCUUUGGAACGUGGGGGAAGUGGUCGUGGUAGAGGCGGUCGUGGUUUUGCACGCGGUGGUGGCAGGGGUGUUAGUCGUGGCCAGGGAACCACAUCUGCCUGA